AUGGCUACCCCCAAAGUGAGUCUCAAGCUUAUUAUCGAUCCAAAGGCUAACAAAGUCCUAUUCGCAGAGUCUGAGAAAGAUUUUGUUGAUUUUCUGUGCAGCCUUCUGUGUAUGCCUUUAGGUGCUGCAAUCAAUCUUCUCAAAGAUGCACCAACUUUUGGUUCCUUAGAAACUCUAUACAAUAGUAUUCAAAACCUAAAAGCAGUUCACAUGCAGCCGGAUCACGUAAACAAAGAUCUGCUCUUGAAACCCCGUCUCCCAACCCACGCAUUAGGUCUGACUCUAUGCCCAUCUGAUGCAACUCCACAAUUGUUAUACUUAUACCGUUGUCCAAACUAUGCAUGCCGUCGUAACGAAGUAACAGGCUGCAAAGGUAAAAGUUGCUGUAUGUGUACGGAAGCCAUGGAUACGCCAGUGACUAUCACAGAUAUAAAUGGCGCAAAUUAUAAUGUGAAAAACGGUUUUGUGAAGGGAGAUAUUAAAUACAUGGUGAUGGAUGAUUUGAGUGUCUUACCGAUAACCUCAAUUGAAUCCUUUUUUGACGUAUUAAGCAAUAUGAAUGUCAAGGACGUUGCUGCUCUUCACAAAAUUGUCGUUGAGGUUCGGCCUAAUGAGGUUGUAGAGUUGUUGAAGGCUUCUCUUCAUUCAAAGGAAGUUCUCACAAAUGUGCUCUUACUGAAGCCAAGCAUCAAGGGUCAGAAGCUUAAUCAAUAG